AUGGAUAAUAAUAAAAGAGUUUAUAGUUUUGUUACUUAUUUGCAUAUUAGAAGGUAUGAAUUUAUAGUAAAAUUUAGUUAAACAAUUUUUUUUAUUGGAUAAUAAUCUAGUUUUGCAGAAUUAAGCGAUUUGCAUAAUUUAAAGACUAAGUUAUUAGAAUGUAGUUCAGUGUUGAAAGGAGUGACCACAUCCAUUUAUGCAUGGUUAGAAAUUUUAGAAAAUUGGGACUAGAUCAUCAAAGAUUCAAAUAAUCUUUAGUAGUUAAGAAAAUCAUUAUUAUUUUAUAUUUAAAAUAAUUAUAUUGCCAAAUUGCAUGGUAUUCUAUGUAAUGAAAGCUCAAAGGUUGUCCUUCUCAGAUAUGAUGAGUCAAUAAGUGCAGAGUAUUUAUAGAUUAAACCUUUUUAAAUUGGAGUUCUAUGGAAUUAUAAGGAUUACUAAGUUUAUUAAAUAUUUUUAGGAAUGAGAAAGACUUGGAAUUAAGUAACAUUAUUGAAAUAAGUUAGACUAUAAUCAACAUUAUCAAUGAAAUAGCUGAUGAAACUAGAGAUAUUAUCAAACAAUGCUCUGAUAGCCUAGAAAUAAUUGUUUGA